UUAUCUCCAGUCACCUGGCUCUUCCUGUGUCAACUUAGAUGUUUCCUUGUGUACUUUCUCCUACUGUCAUUUAGAAGCUGUUAAAUAGUAAUCUCGCUGGGCCGCAGUUUCCCAAUCUUGAUGGGCCUUGCUAUCGCUAAUGAUUUCCCAGGACGCAAGGAGGUACAAGCCCCACCCCCAAUCCCGCCUCCUUGGUUAUGCCCUCUGGCUGCCAAGGGGAAGGGUGACAGAGUCAGCUGGGCUCAACCUCAAGGGGACCAGGGGGACCAUGGCCAGUACAGAGUCCUUGCUGUUCACAACCUUAGGCGCCCACUCAGAUCCUGACAACAGUGAGAUGGAACUGGACUGCCAGUUUAACGAGGAGUUCAAGUUCUUCCUGCUGCCUAUGACCUAUGCAGUUGUCUUCCUGCUGGGCCUAGGCCUCAACGCCCUGACCAUCUGGCUCUUCCUCUUUCGCCUCCGACCGUGGGAUGCAACAGCCACCUACAUGUUCCACUUAGCCCUGUCAGAUACUUUGUAUGUCCUAUCACUGCCCACUCUUGUCUACUAUUAUGCAGCCCGCAACCACUGGCCCUUUGGCACUGGGCUCUGCAAGUUCAUCCGUUUUCUCUUCUAUUGGAACCUCUACUGCAGUGUUCUUUUCCUCACCUGCAUUAGUGUGCACCGCUACCUGGGCAUCUGCCACCCACUGCGGGCGCUGCGCUGGGGCCGCCCACGCCUUGCUGGCCUUCUCUGCCUGGCAGUUUGGUUGGUCGUAGCUGGCUGUCUCGUGCCCAACCUGUUCUUCGUCACCACGAGUCCCAAGGGGGACACCAUCUUGUGCCACGACACCACUCGGCCUGAGGAAUUUGACCAUUAUGUGCACUUCAGUUCGGCAGUCAUGGGGCUUCUCUUUGGUGUGCCCUGCCUGGUCACUCUUGUCUGCUAUGGACGCAUGGCCCAGCGCCUGUAUCGGCCCUUGCCAGGGGCCACCCAGUCAUCUUCCCGUCUGCGCUCUCUGCGUACCAUUGCUGUGGUGCUGACUGUCUUUGCUAUCUGCUUUGUGCCUUUCCACAUCACCCGCACAAUUUAUUACUUGGCAAGGCUGUUGGAAGCUGACUGCAGGGUACUGAACAUUGUCAACUUGGUCUACAAAGUGACUCGGCCUCUGGCCAGUGCCAAUAGCUGCCUGGAUCCUGUGCUCUAUCUGCUCACUGGGGAAAAGUACCGACGUCAGCUCCAGCGACUCUGCAGGGGUAGGAGGCCCCAGCCCUCCAGGACUGCCUCCUCUCUGGUGCUGGUGUCCCUGCCUAAAGACAGCAGCUGCAGGUGGAUAGCUGCCUCCCAGGACAGCGGCUGCCCCACCCCUUGGGCAGAUAGUUUGUAACAUUGGAAGCUGGGAAGUGAGAGAAAGGGGGACAAGUUCCCAGGGGUGGGAUUACCAGAUCAAACAGCAUGAGUGGUUUCAUAGAGCUUGAUUUCCCAAAGGACAGCACAAAUUUUCAACAUCAAAAUGACACGUGAGUGUUCCAGUUCCCUUGCAGCCCGGGCAUUGGACUUUAUAAGAAAUCUUUUUGGAUGGCUUAAACAUUUAACUUAUUAAUUUCAUUUCUUGGAUUACUCAUAGGAUUGAACACUUUCCCACAUGUUCACUAUUUGUAUUUUCUCUUGGGUGAAUUGUCUGUUCAUAUCCUUCUUGAAUUGGUAUCUUAGUGGUAUUCUUUUCUAUAUAAAUGUAUUCUUUAUUUGACAUACAUGUUAACCCUUUGUCAUAUUUGAUAUAACCAUUCCAUUUAUUGUAAUGCUUUUAACUUUAGUUCCUUAUUUUAUCUCCUUGCUUUAAAAUUUCUCUCUGGUAAUUUGCAACCUUGUGAACAUAGUAAAAACUGUUGAAUUGUAUACUUAGAAAUGGUGAAUUCUAUAGUAAAUAAACUACAUCUCAAUAAAACUGUUAAAAAGAAAAAACAUUCUCUCUUCCUACUUUUCUCACUCUUAUUACUUCUUCUCUUUGCUUGCUGCUCUUUCUUUUUUAUUCCCUAAGUGAACAGAGUUCCAAAAUCUGUCAUAGUCAGAGCAUUUGGGGAUUAUUUAAUCCCCUCCCCUCAUCUGAGCUUUGAUUUUUCUCUUGGAGAGAGCAUAUAUGCAUGUGAAUACAAUUCAUUUGACUCAUAGUCCUUGAGAGUACCUUGGAAAUCUUCUAGGGCCUGGGCACUGCUUCACUUUACAAAGGAGGAAACAGGUCCUGAGAUAUGACUUGCUUAUGACUUAGUAAGUUAGGGGCAGAGCAGAGACUAGGCCCCAGGGCCCCAGAAUCCCAGAGCUCCUUCCAUUACACCAGGCCAACUCAGUUCCAGGUCUGACCUUUAUCCCAAGCUCUACCUUUAUGUCUUCAGUUGCCCAGUGGACAAUUUCACUUGGAUCUUCCAUUGUUACUUCCAACCCAAAUUGUCAAAAACUAAACUCCCUAAACCAGUUUCCCUACUUGUCUCGCUCAUUUGUGUUUAUGGCAUCUUCUUUUCUCAAGUCACCUAGGCUUGAGAAUACUCAGGUAACUUUGACUCUUUGCCCUCCCUGUUUCCUUUAUAGUUCCAGUGCUACCAUUCUAUAAAAGAAGGCCAAUUGUAAUUGACAUGAUGAGGGAAUAAAUGUCUGAAUCUCAUGAAAUAGGGAGAGCAAAGAGUCAGAGUUGCCUGAAUGUUUUCAAGCUUAGGUGACUUUAUGGUUCCAGUGCUACCAUUCUGGGGCUUCCCAAGUGAGUGCAGUGAUAAAGAAUCUACCUGCCAGUGCAGGAGACGCAAGAGAUGCUUGUUCGAUCCCUGGGUCGAGAAGAUCGCCUGGAGUAGGAAAUGGCAUCAUUCCAGUAUUCUUGUUUGGAAAGUUCCAUGGACAGAGGAGCCUGGUGGGCUACAGUCCACGGGGUCACAAAGAGUCUGAGCUUUGUGACAUGACUGAGCACAUACACUGCCAUUCUAAUACUGGCUCUUGUCACUUUCUCCCUGACUGUCACUGCCUCCCAACUGGUCUUCCUUACCUCUAAUCUCUCCUCGCAUGAUAUAUUCAGUGCAUAUUGCCAGAUUAAUUGGCCCCAAAACUGCUUUCACAGUUUCACUCUCUCACUCAAAAUUCUUUCAUGGUUCCCCAUUGUCUACAAGGCAAGUUGAAAUUCUUUUGUCAGAAAUUCAAGAGUGCUAGUGCAUAUACCUCCUCAUCAUUAGCUUCACUUCUCCUCUCUUUGUUUUUACUCUUAAAAAUUAAAUCCCUCUUGCCAGGUGUGUGAGAAGGUGAUCUGUGAACUUAGUUACCAUCUUUCCAUUCUUUGGCCACUGAAUAAAGAUUGUGCUUUGUCAAAAUGCAAAACAAAAACACAGAAGAAGAAGAAGAAAUUCAAGAAUGCCUUUUUCAGUCUUAUUUUCCAUUCUUCCCCAGUACAAAUCUCUCUUCUCCAGCUAUUUUGAUCUCCUCAUUCUUUUUUCCAAAUAUGACUUCCACUUUCUUACAUCUCCACUUUUAUUCUUCCUUUCCCACACUCUUGAAUGCCCUCCCUUUGUUUUCCCAGUCUCUUUCCUACCCAGUGUCCAAGGCCCCAGGUGGCACUAGUAGUAAAGAACCUGCCUUUCAGGGCAGGAGACCUGAGAGAAAUGGGUUUGAUCCCUGGGUCAAGAAGAUCAUUGGAGAAGGAAAUGGCAACCCACUCUAGUAUUCUUGCCUUGAGAAUCCCAUGGACAGAGGAGCCUGGCUGGCUAUGGUUCAUAGUGUUGCAAAGAGUCAGUGUUGCAAAUGACUGAAGUAACUUAGCAUGUACACCCAAGACCAAGCUUAAGUCCCACUUCCUCUGAGGACUUCUCUGCUGACUCUUUUGCACAGUGACCUUCCUGGUCACUCCUACAGUAAUUAUUGCCUAUGUCAGUCAUUUGGCACUUAUAUUGUCUUUUGAUAUUGCUUAUACUGCUAUCCUGAAUUGUUAUUUAACCCUUUAUGUGUGUUUGUUUUGAGUUCCUACCUGUGAUAGAAAGGAAAGAGCAUAGAACUAAAGAUCAAAGAACUAAGUUGGAGCCCUGGUUAUGAAAGUGGGGAUCAGGUGUGUCACUUGGGUGAGUCACUCAGACUCUCUGAGCCAGUUUCAUCAUCUGUAAAAUGAAGAUUGUAAUCUCAGCUUUAGGUAUUCCAGUUUAUGGCAAGACUCUGUGAAUCUAGGGAGCUAAGAAAAUAUAAUUGUUUGUUAUUUUAUUAUCCCAUGUGCUUAAUAAAUAUUUGUAGAAUGAUUACAUGUAGUAAUUUAGCUUAAUGUUUCUUCUUCUGGGAAUAUUUCCAUGUUAAGAGGCCACAGACCAAGGAGUCUGAAGAUCCAGGAGCACUUCAGGAGUAGUGGAGGUUGGAGGGCAUUGGAAAGAUACUUUGAAGGAACGUAGGCUUGUCAGCAGUGGCUGCCACAGGGGCAGGGGCUCUGGGUACAGCAGACCUGUGCAUGGCAUAAGCCCUCUUGGAAGAGGUCACCAUUAACCCCACCAUAGAGCUGCCAGAACUUACACAGGACUGGGGAAACAGACUCUUGGAGGGCACAAAUAGAACCUUGUGUGCACCAGGACCCAGGAGAAAGGAGCAGUGACCCCACAAGAGACUGACCCAGACUUGCUCGUGAGUGUCCAGGAGUCUCUGGUGGAGGUGUCAGUUGGUGGUGGCCUGCUGCAGGGUUGGGGGCACUGAGUGUAGCAGUGCGUGCA